ACAGUCGCCGUGUCAGUCCGUUACUCGGUCGUGCGUUACAGUAAUACGGAGACGCGCAUUUGGAUUUGGGAGAUUGGAUCUUGGAACGAGGACGAUCCAGCAUUCGUUAUCGGUCGACUUAUCCGUCACACAUUCGCUGUCGCAAAUUUCCAAUUCAGUUUGGCAAGUGCGAGUCGAGCAACAAGAGCUUCCUUGGACACACAAGAGACGGGACGAACCUUCCUCAGGAACACACCUCAUUUCACCUCCCGCCAAGUACGAAACCACCAAAUUUCCGGAAGCGUUUGCGGCUCUUGUCGUUUGGACCCACCUCCUGACUCUCGCAUUCUUUUACCUCUUCCCCUUCCCCGACCAUCUAUAAGUUGUCAGUCGAUAUCUUUUGGACGGCUACUUUUUCCGUGUCAUAUCCAUUAUGAAGCCAUCAUUCCUAUCCGCCGUGGUCGGCGCCGGCCUCACGCAUGCCCUCCCCACCAUUGAAGCUGUGGGAAACAAGUUCUUCACCAGCAAAGGCGACCAGUUCUUCCUCAAGGGAGUUGCCUACCAACUAACCCCUGCCGAUCCCUUAAUCGACACCGAGCAGUGCAAGCGCGAUGCUGCCCUCAUGGAGAAGCUUGGCGCAAACUCGAUCCGUAUCUACCAUGUUGAUCCCUCGGCAAACCACGACGGCUGCAUGGAGGUGUUCGACAAGGCCGGCAUCUACCCCUUGAUCGAUUUGGAUACCUUUGACACCUACAUCUUGCCCAACGAUCCUUGGUGGAACCAGACCCAGCAUGAUAGGUACGCUGAGGUCAUGGAUGCCUUUAUCAAGUAUGACAACGUUCUGGGCUUCUUCAUUGGCAACGAGAUCAUCAUCCAGGCCGACCAGUCUCAGGCGGCUCCCUACAUCAAGGCUGCUACUCGUGACAUGAAGGCAUACCGCGACAAGAAGAACUAUCGCAAGGUCCCCAUCGGUUACUCGGCCGCCGACAUUGCAGAACUUCGCCCCAUGCUGCAGGACUAUCUUACCUGCGGCGGCAACUCCUCCGAGAACGUCGACUUCUUCGCCCUCAACUCGUACGAAUGGUGCGACCCCACCAAGUAUGCCGAGUCCGGAUAUGCCAACUUGCAGAGCAUGGCCAAGGACUUCCCCGUUCCCAUCUUCUUCUCGGAGACCGGCUGCAACGUGCCAGGGCCCCGUCUUUUCGGCGAUCAAAACGCCAUCUUUGGUCCCGAGAUGGUCAACGACUGGAGCGGUGCGCUCAUCUACGAGUGGAUCGAGGAGGAGAACCACUACGGCUUGAUCUCGUACGGUCCCAAGCUGGAGCCGACCGCCACUGGCCCCAACAUCGAGGGCGGCUUCACGCGUGCCGGCACUCCCACUCCCGUCCUUCCCGACUUUACCAACCUCCAGAGCCAGUGGGCUACCAUCACCCCCACCGGCAUCAAGAGGUCCGACUAUGAUCCCAAGCACGUCUCUACCAGAGCCUGCCCCACGUCCGGCGUGCAGGGCUGGUUGAUCAACGGCAACGUUGCGCUGCCCACUCUCGGCGAGACCUUGACCACCUAUGCGCCCAAGCCUACCGUCACCGAGGAGGCCCAGGUUUCCCAGCCUGCUGGAAGUGCCUCGCCUACCUCGACCAAGAACCCUGCUCCCAUGAACAAGGAGCUGACGGGUAUGAGCGCUGGUCUGGUCGGAGUCAUGCUCUUCUUCACCUUUUGGCUAUGAGAGAAUGAUUACCUGGGCUGAUGUUUGAACCGGAGAGCCGGGUUUGGCAUCAACACCAAACUAAUUGUUUUAUCUUCGUCAUGCAUUUGGAAUUGCAUUUCCAGGAUAGCAGGGCAUCAUUAUC